AUCCCUGUGUCUGUGACGUCCAACACCCCCUUUCUCCGUUACACUCGUCUGAAGAGGUAAAAAAAAGAGAACAAAACACCAAAAGAAAGAAAAAAAAAAAAAAAAAUUAACGUAAAAGUAAAAGAAAAAAUUCAAUUUGUGACUUCUGUCUUCCUAUGUGAUACAACGCGGACAGGGAAAAAGAAAACGUUGGGUGUGAUGAGGGGUGUGGGUUAAACGAAAUAUCGCCGAGGUGCGAAAGGAGCCCGUAAGGAAAUAUGCCGCCAUCUUUGAUAACGCCGAUUUUCAGCCCGUUGCUGCUGUUACUCGUCGCGGCUGACAACAGCUGGGCCUUCAAUUCACGACAAGGAGAAUGCACUUUUCCGUCGCGAUGGGAGGGCAGCUGGUUCCAAAGCGGCGUUUAUCAGCCCAUCACCGUUUCAAGGAGCAUUUUUUCAAGCAAGGGACGCUGCCUGCACAACGAAGGCGACAAGUUCCUCCUCGUCGACGAAAAAUCGUGUUAUCGUUGCGUCGUGAUACAUGAAAAACACCCGAACGUCCUGCAGUACAAAGAAACGUUUUGCCACGGUAGGAAUUCCCUGGCGUCCUUGUGCUCUUACAUAACAGGAGACGCAUUGCUCUUCUCGAUGUUUCGCGAGGAAGCUCAGGCAGUGCCCUGCCCUUUUCGAGGGCCCAUGACCUUCUCCUAUAACAGAGGUCACGAAACUUGUUCAAGCCCCCAGAGCAACGUUGACACCUGCACCGAGGACAGCAGACUUCUCUUCCGGUAUCAAGCCUGCCCGGACAUCCCGGCCUCCGAAAGCGCAGUUGAGGAGCUGGAGUGUCUGGCGACCUGGAAGGAAGGUAGCAGCCGAUACCUGGUGGGUCGCCUUCACCACAGACACGCGUCGAACAACGAGGACCGCUAUCGCUGCUUCGUCUACGAAAGGGUGAGCCAGUCGAUCGGAGGUCUGAAUCGAGCCGGCCUGGGUCUCGACCAGGAUGUCCCCUUGCCCGGAGGCCCGAUUCCCGAAGGAGCCCCAGAAAUUUAUCGGGUUGCACAGAGUGACGACGCGACCUGCAACGGCCUCUUCAGCACAAUGGAAGGCUCGAGGUCGAUGACGCUGAGGAAAGCACCAUCUCCAGGAAAAUGUAGAUUUCCCAGCUGGCUGAGCGGACACACAGCCGGAGGCCUGACUUGGCACACCUUGGACUUGACUCGAUCGUACACCUUCCAUCCGCGAAAUGCCUCGCUUCACACAAUGAGGUCAAACUCGUCGACGAUCCGGUACGAAAACGGAGCUGCGGAGGGUCAAGAGGCUCCUGGAGGACAGGACGAGCAGGACUUCAAGAUCCUCUGCAAUGUUAUCAAACAAUCGAAUCCUGGACAAACGAUGGCUAUGAUCGUAGCGCACUUCACCGUUGGAUGCCGCAGCGGCUACAUGUGCAUGACUUUCUACAAAAGGGACGGUCACGUGGUAGAAGUGCAGACUGGAAACACGGUCGCCCGACCGGAAGAGGCCUGCAGCCCGCCUCACUACAUCCCCCAAAACACCCCCUACAUCACUCUCGUCACGAGUUCACCGGAGCCACGGCAAUGUCCUUACCUCGGUAAGUUCACGGUUACGGGGAUGAAUCGAAACCAGAGAAACACGCGGGAGAAUCGGCGGAUCCACGAAGUUCACAGGGACAAGGAGAAGGUGCGGCAUGCCCAGGAGAAGACGUUCGAGGUAGAGGCGAGGCGGGCGAACAAUGAUUAUCUUGUGCACGAACGGCGGGGCCGGAAAACGCGGUCCAACAGGGGGGUGGGCCGCUCGCUCCGGGCCCCGCGAGGCGCCGAGGGGCCUGAGGACCUCCUCGAGGGUGCCGAGGACUUCACGAGGCGGCAGCGCCGGUUUUGGGGCCCACGAAGCGAGGAGGGGGGCGACGGGAAGCCGGACUUCGUUCAGUCCCACGUCGACUACUUCGGGGACUACGACACCGCCUCGCGACCGACGAAGCGCAGCGGUCCCAUCGACCUCGCCGACGCCAUCAGGCGCCGACGGGCCUUGCGGCCCGACGCCGAGCGUGACUCCUCGGACAAGAGGGAGAAACGCGAGGAGGAAGAAUCGGGGUGUGUUUCCGAAGUCACCACCCUCACCGUUGGAUGCUCGACCGCCGACAGGAUGGAGUUUCAGGGCGAUUGUGCCGACGACGAUACCGUCACUGCUUAUUCCUGCCACGGACGUUGGUUCGACACGGAGGGCACGCAAUUCGUAAUUGCGACUCCUCUGGCAACGAGGAGGACGGCAUGGUCUAACGACAACAACAGACCGCAGCCAUUCCGCAACAGCAGAAGACUCUGUUUCAUGUACCGUGAAAGCGGCGGUGUGGUCAGUUUGACCGCCAGUCCGGUCGCUUGUCAACGAGGUGUACCACCGCCGCCUCCAAUGUUGGCUUUCAACGCGACGAGCAUAGGCCAAUGCGUGGAGGACAACGUCGCACCGACGGUGAGAACUUCGGGGAUAACGAUUAGCUUGGCGAUAACGAUUAUCGCGAUCUUCAGGUGAUUCUGAGUGUGUGUAAAAAAGAAAACUAAGGAUAUGGAGAAACAACUCGACGGACGAGAGAGACACGCGAAUACCGUGUCUCGAUGUAUAAUAAUUCAUGUAAAAAGCUACACUUCCGAGACUUCGAUAAGUUUAAUGAAAAAAAAAGAAAAUAAAAAAAAUCCACACACA